AUGUUCCUCCUCGUCGGCCGCUCUUGCCCACGCCAGACCGCUUUCCUCGUCGCCCGCGCUUUCCCUCAUCACCCUUCCCGACCCUCUGGUCGCAUAUGUUCCCCUAGUUGCCCGCGCUCUCCCACGUUAACCACACAUCCCCUCGUCGCAAUUGCUGAUAGUAAACAUACCGCGCUUCAGAUCGUCACCCGCGCUCCCCUCAUCACCCUCGUCGACCCGCACCGAUCCUCGCCACCCUCACCUCCCUUGGUCACCCACAUUCCCUCUCGUCGCUCGCGCUUCCCCUCAUCACCCGUGCCGACCCUCGGCGCCCUCGCCUCCCCUCGCCGCCCUCGCCUCCCCUCGUCGCCCGCGCGUCCCGUCGUCGGGCUUGCCUCCCAGUCACUCGCGCUUCCCCUCGUCAUCCGCGUUUCCAUCCACUCUUCCCCUCUCCCCAUCGCACCAUCUCCACCCGUCCUUCCUCCCUCAUUCCUUCCGAAGGGGUGGGACAGAUGGGGAGGAACAGAUGGGGAGGAACAGAUGGGGAGGAACAGAUGGGGAGGAACAGAUGGGGAGGAACAGAUGGGGAGGAACAGAUGGGGAGGAACAGAUGGGGAGGAACAGACGGGGAGGAACAGACGGGGAGGAACAGACGGGGAGGAACAGAUGAGGAGGAACAGAUGGGGAGGAACAGAUGGGGAGGAACAGAUGGGGAGGAACAGGUGGGGAGGAACAGAUGGGGAGGAACGGAUGGGGAGGAACAGAUGGGGAGGAACAGAUGGGGAGGAACAGAUGGGGAGGAACAGAUGGGGAGGAACAGAUGGGGAGGAACAGGUGGGGAGCAACAGAUGGGGAGGAACAGAUGGGGAGGAACAGAUGGGGAGGAACAGAGCACCUGCCCCCGUUCCCCCCAUCCUCUUCCCUGUUUCCCCAUAUCCCCUGCCGUGCUUCCCCCCAUCCUAUCCCCUCUUCCCCCGUAUCCCCUGCCCUGCUUACCCCCAUCCCCUUCCCUGCUUCCCCCCAUCCCCUUCCCUGCUUCCCCCCAUCCCCUUCCCUGCUUCCCCUAAUCCCCUUCCCUGCUUCCCCUCAUCCCCUCCCCUGCUUUCCCCCAUCCCCCUCCCUGUUUCCCCCCAUCCCCUUCCCUUCUUCCCCCCAUCCCCUCCCUUGCUUCCUCUCAUCCCCUUCCCUGAUUCCCCCCAUCCCCUUCCCUGCUUCACCCCAUUCCCUCCCCUGCUUCACCCCAUCCCAUCCCCUGCUUCCCCCCAUCCCCUCCCUGCUUCCCCCCAUCACUUUCCCUGCUUCCCCCCAUCCCCUGCCCUGCUUCCCCCCAUCCCCCUCCCUGUUUCCCCCCAUCCCCUUCCCUGCUUACCCCCAUCCCCUUCCCUGCUUCCCCCCAUCCCCUUCCCUGCUUUCCCCCCAUCCCCUUCCCUGCUUCCCCCCCUGCUGCCUCCCAUCACUCUCAUUCUCCUUCCUCCCGCACUCACUCUCUCAGUCCUCUCGCACUCUCUCUCGCUCCGUCCUCUCGCACUCGCACUCUCCUUCCCACCACCCUCAGCCCUCCUUCCCCUCACCCUCUCCCCUGUUUCCACCUGCCCUCGCCAUCCCUGCUUUUCCCUCCCUGCCCUGCCCUUCACUUCUCCAUCCCUUCUCAACCCUUCCCUUUCAUGUCAUGCCCUCCCCUUCCCGCUCAUCUUCCGCCCUCCAGUUACCAUGCAUGUGCACCCAUCACUGUCUCCCCAUACCGUGGGGAAGCAGAGGAGCAAGCUGAGGCGCAGCUAG